AGCCAAAAGAGCUGCGAACUUCAUCGAAGGAGCUGCGAGCGCGACUGACCUCCCUCGUUAGCGUACAUUCGACGUCGCCAAGCCUAUAAAAAACGAUGAUGCGCCUCGUCCUCGCCCUCGCUCUCGGAGCGUCGGCCCAGACGACCCGCAUUUCCCUCACGGGGGCUGCGCGCCAGCCGACGCUGACCACCGAUGAUGUGGAACAACUACUAGCGGUCGCGCAACGACCGGUCACGCCCCAGGGCCUGGUCAUCGUCGAGCGCACGGAGUACCAGGUGGAGGACCCCGGCGGCUUCGUGAGGUCCAUGCUCCAGGACUUCUUCGGGCCGCCGCCCCAGCAGACGAUGUACCAGCCGCGCUACUAUUCUGAUGAUGGGCCGUCGCGCCACGACUUCGGGUGCCCGUGCGGCGAGGACGUCGACAGCUACUGCUCCAAGACCGACGACGACGACGCGUACGCGUCCAUCUUCGAGAAGCGCCUUUGUUUAGGUGAUCACUUCGACCAGCUCAGUGAGCAGUGCGCCGCCCACCUCGCGAGCGCGCCGACCGUCGUCGAGUACUGCCGCGGCGAGAUCCUCGAGACGUGCCGCAACGUGCAGCCCGGCGAGAACCGCGUCCACGAGUGCCUGCUGGCGCGGCCCACCGUCGGCGACGCCUGCGCGUCGUACCUCGCGACGCUGGCGCCGCCCACGCCGCCCAAGCCGCCGAUGCUCAUGGGAGGCCUCCUCGAUAUGGUGGACGCGUUCUUCGGCGGAGACGCCUUCGUCCAGCAGGACGAUACCAUGUUGUAUGAUGAGGUCCUCGAGGUGCCUCCGGCACCGCGCCGCUUCGACGCGGGCGGUUUCGCGCCGCCGCCGCGCUUCUCGCGCGUCGAGGGCCCGCCGCCGCCGCGCGCGCGCGGCUUCGGCCCGCCGCAGCCGCCGCCGCCGAUGCCGCGCUUCGACGACGUGGUGGACUACGUCCGGGAGCGGCCGCCGCCGCCGCCGACGCGCGAAGUCGUCGUCGAGGUCGAGGCGGAGGAGGAGGACGCCGCCCUCGAGGAAGAGGAGGCCGCUGCUGCCGCUUCUCUGCUCGUCCUCGCGUCCGCCGCGGCCUUGUGCCUCGCGUCGCUCUCGCUGGCCGUGCUGGCGUUGGGCGCAGCGCGGCGCCGCCAGCGCGAGCGCGAGGAGCUCGCAGCUUUCAAGGCCAACUACGCGCCGAUGCUCUCGGAGAACGAGCAGGCGUGAGGCGCCUCUCGACGGCCGGACACCGCGACGAAGCGCGACCCGGCCACAACCCUGUCCCUCCCUCCCCCUCUCGUCCGUGUCGGA